UCCCGCCCACACACACACACACACACACACAGCCCCAGCUCAGAUUCUCUGUCAGACGCGUGUAUUUGAGCUUCUUUCGGAUCGCGGACUGGUUCUUCUGGACAGUUCCUCGGUUUGUGGAUGAGAUGUUUGUGUCCGUGGCUUUGCUGGUUUUAAUUCAGAGUGCGGCCGUCGUCCCCGUCACUGUCACCAGCCACAGUCCUGGAGUGGAAGUGCGUGAGUCCUCAGAUGCUGUGCUCUCCUGUGAGUUCAGUACAGAAAACGACAAGAAUCCUCGCAUCGAGUGGAAGAAGAUCGACAAGGAUGUGUCCUUUGUUUAUUUUAACCGCUAUUUCACAGAGUCAUUUCGUGGCCGCGCGGAGAUCAAGGGUGCGACGCUGCAAUUGAAAAGUGUGACUCAGAGUGACGCGGGCACUUACCGCUGCGAGGUCAGCGCUCCGCAGGACACCAUCACACUGGGGGAGAUCAACGUCACGCUGACAGUGCUGGUGCCUCCGCACACACCGUCAUGUGAUGUGCCCAGCUCGGCUCUGACGGGCUCUCUGGUGCAGCUGCGCUGUAGGGACCAUCACAGCAUCCCAGCCGCCGUCUACACCUGGUACAAAGACAACCGCGCUCUGCACAUCCAACAGCCCAACGCCACAUACACCAUCGACGAGAAGACCGGCGUACUGACGUUCCAGAAGGUCAGCAGAUCCGAUACGGGUCAAUAUCACUGUGAGGCCAAAAACAGGGUGGGACCCGGAAAGAGCUGCUCGGGGACACGCAUGCAGAUCGAUGAUCUGAAUGUGGCGGCGGUGGUCUCUGGAGUGCUGCUUCUGGUUCUGCUGAUGUGUCUGUGUGUGUUUGGAGUGUUUUACGGCCGUCGGCACGGACUCUUCAGCCGACACAGAGGAAGGUAAGACUGACCCCGAGUGUGUGUGUGUGUGUGUGUGUGUGUGAAGGCACUAAUGGUCCAGCCUGACACAGAAUAGUUAGUGUUGAUCUGGUUAAUAAGCGCAUGUGAUUGGCUCAUUCGCUCGUCGGUCUGCAUGCUGAUGCUAGCGCUUGACCUUUGACCUGAGCGCUGGGUUAUCGCAGGUCGUUCU